UUCAGCAGCAGCGGCAGCUCCAAAAUGGCGCAGACGAUCUUCGAGGCCCUGGAGGGAAUGGACAAUCAGACUGUCUUGGCCGUCCAGUCAUUGUUGGAUGGCCAAGGAGCAGUUCCUGAUCCAACAGGCCAGAGUGUCAGUGCACCCCCUGCCAUCCAGCCACUGGAUGAUGAGGAUGUCUUUCUCUGCGGAAAGUGUAAGAAACAGUUCAACUCGCUUCCAGCAUUUAUGACCCACAAGAGGGAACAGUGCCAAGGGAGUGCCCUGCCCCUGGCCACAGUCUCACUGGCCACCAACAGCAUCUACACACCUUCGGCAGCACCCUCAGCCGUCCAGCAGGCCCCGCCUCCUCCCAAUCGCCAGAUCUCCACGUACAUCACAGUGCCCCCAUCCCCGCUGAUCCAGACCCUGGUGCAGGGGAACAUCUUGGUAAGCGACGACGUGCUCAUGUCCGCCAUGUCAGCCUUCACGUCCCUGGACCAGCCCAUGCCCCAAGGCCCCCCACCUGUGCAGAGUAACCUGAAUAUGCAUCCUGCACCAAACUACCUGGCCCAGCCUCCACCUCCUCCUCCGCCCCCUCCACCGCUGCCCCCGCCCCCUCCCCCCCAACCCCCACCACCCCCACCCCAGAGCCUGGGCCCCCCUGGGCGUCCCAACCCUGGCGGGAAUGGCGUGGUGGAGGUGUACAGUGCCACGGCACCCCUCACUGGGAGUGGAACGGUAGAGAUCCAAGCACUGGGAAUGCAGCCCUACCCACCCCUGGAGGUGCCAAACCAGUGUGUGGAGGCUCCAGUAUACCCCACACCCCAGGUGUACAGUCCCGGCAAACAAGGGUUCAAACCAAAAGGACCAAACCCUGCUGCCCCUAUGACCAGCGCCACCGGGGGCACAGUGGCCACCUUUGACUCCCCACCAUCACUGAAGACCCGACGGACCAAAGGUUCCAGUGGACUCCCAGAAGCUGCAGGGAAGCCAAAGGCUCAGAAACUCAAGUGCUCAUAUUGUGACAAGUCAUUCACCAAAAACUUUGACCUGCAGCAGCACAUCCGAAGCCACACUGGUGAGAAGCCCUUCCAGUGCAUUGCAUGUGGCCGCGCCUUUGCCCAGAAGUCUAACGUCAAGAAACACAUGCAAACCCACAAGGUGUGGCCUCCAGGACGCAGCGGUGGCACCGUCUCUCGCAACUCUGUGACGGUACAGGUCAUGGCUUUGAACCCCAGCAGACAGGAGGAUGAGGAUAACACAGGGUUGGGCCAGACCCUGUCGAGCGCCCCACAGCCCCAGGCCUUGCCCACAGCCGGCGAGGGAGAGGGGGACAAGCUGGAGGCCAAGCAGGUGGUCCUCAUCGAUAGCUCCUACCUGUGCCAGUUCUGCCCCAGCAAGUUCAGUACCUACUUCCAGCUCAAGUCCCACAUGACCCAGCACAAGAAUGAGCAGGUGUACAAAUGUGUGGUCAAGAGCUGUGCACAGACCUUCCCGAAGCUGGACGCAUUCCUAGAGCACAUCAAGAGCCACCAGGAGGAGCUGAGCUACCGCUGCCACCUCUGUGGCAAGGACUUCCCCUCGCUGUACGACCUGGGCGUGCAUCAGUACUCACACAGCCUCCUGCCACAGCACAGCCCCAAGAAGGACAGUGCCGUCUACAAGUGUGUCAAAUGUGUCAACAAGUACUCCACACCUGAGGCGCUGGAGCAUCACCUGCAGACUGCCACACACAACUUCCCCUGCCCGCACUGCCAAAAGGUAUUUCCUUGUGAACGGUACCUGCGGCGUCAUCUGCCCACCCACGGCAGCGGGGGCAGGUUCAAGUGCCAGGUGUGUAAGAAGUUCUUCCGGCGGGAGCACUACCUCAAGCUGCAUGCUCACAUCCACUCAGGUGAGAAGCCCUACAAAUGCUCAGUGUGUGAGUCCGCAUUCAACCGCAAGGACAAACUGAAGAGACACAUGUUGAUCCAUGAGCCAUUCAAGAAAUACAAAUGCCCCUUCUCGACACACACGGGCUGCAGUAAGGAGUUCAAUCGGCCAGACAAGCUGAAGGCUCAUAUCCUCUCUCACUCCGGCAUGAAGCUCCACAAAUGCGCCCUGUGCAGCAAGUCCUUCAGCCGCCGCGCCCACCUCGCCGAGCACCAGCGUGCCCACACAGGCAACUACAAGUUCCGCUGUGCUGGCUGUGCCAAGGGCUUUUCCCGCCACAAAUACCUCAAGGACCACCGCUGCCGCCUCGGCCCCCAAAAGGACAAGGACCUGCAAGCCCGGCGGCCCCCCCGGAGGCGGGCAGCCCCCCGCAGCAGCAGCGGCGGUGGGCACAAGGUGGUGACCCCCCUGCCUGGCCCGCUCGGGCUGGAGGAGCUGAAGGACACAGGGGCCGGGCCCGUGCCUGAGGCCGCCCCAGGCAAGCCGCCCUUCUCAGAGCCAGAGGCCGUGCUGUCCAUCGUAGUCGGGGGCACGGUGGGGGGCGAACCUGAGCUGGUAGUGCCUGGGCAUGCCGAGGGCCUGGGCUCCAACCUGGCGCUGGCGGAGCUGCAGGCAGGGGCUGAGGGCUCAUGUGCCAUGCUCGCUGUGCCUGUCUACAUCCAGGCCUCGGAGUGAUGGGCCCAUGGUGUUUGCUCCCGCGUCCUGCCUGCUGCUCAUCUUUAGGUCCAGAGCCCCUGGGAGCACACCAGAGAGCCUUCCCCGUGGAAGUGAGCCAUUGGUCAAAAUCCAUUUGGAACGUCAUCUGUAAACCCUGGCCCGAGGCCGCCUUGCUGUGUUCCCUGUCCUGCUGGGAAGCCCUGCACCAUUCUGGGAACCGAGGCAGCUGAGCCUGAGCGGCCCAGGGUCUGGCUGGUCCAGGCUGGUGGUCGGGCUGCCUAAGAGGGAAGACAGGGCCGCCCCAUCCACCCUUCCUCUAGGCUGCCAGGGGGCAGCCUCUAACUAAGCUGCUGAGGCCUGAGAUGGUUAGAGCCCUUAUCUGUUGAACCUUUUCACGUGCAGUUCCUCCCAGCAUCCCCAGAUGACUGUAAUGUAGGCAUGUAGAAGGCACUCGAGUGUCAUAGUUGGAGUGGAGCUAUCAGCCAGAUCUGGCUUCAGAUCCAAGCACUGACACUUACUUGCUGUGUGACCUUGGGUAAGUCACUUCCCCUCUCUGAGCCCCGCAUUCUGUAUCUGUACAGUGGGGCUUAUGACAGUACUACCUCAUAGGGCUGUCAUCAGGAUCCAGUAUGAUGAAG